GGCGCGUGACAGAGCGGAACAAGCCGCCCGGAAACGGAGUGAGGCGCGCGCGGUCGGGGGAAACGCGUCCCUCAGGCGGUGACGUCGGAAACCCGAAAAAAAAGAAAAGAAAAAAACUUGUGUGAAAGUGCGGGGGAAAGUGCGGAGCCCCCUCCCCGGCUGCAGUGGGAAGUCCUGAAGCAGGAAUGAGCUCUCCUUCCUUCUCUCAGGAAGUGUUCAGCCAGCUGCGAGGAGCUCCAGCUCCAACUUUCCCCUCUCGGUUCCCCAUGGAGGCUCUCGCGCUCAGGACGCCGCCGCUGCUGCUGCUCGUGCUGCGGCUCGCUGUGUGCAGCUCCAGCCGGGCUCCCGCCGCGCCACCGGAAGCUCCGCAGCACAGCCAGCUCACCCACUCCUUCUCCAAUAAAGGUGUAUUCCUUCUGGAGAGCAUAUCUUUGCAGCGCUGUCUCUUUGCCAACUCUUCUGGCAUCUCGCUGGCCAGCUGUGAUCGCUCAACCACUGGGUUGCUAUGGAAGUGGGUGUCUCGCCAUCGCCUCUUCAACCUAGGCACCAGCAUGUGCCUGGGCAUCAACGCAACGAACCAGCAGUCUGAAGUUGGAAUGUUCGAGUGUGACGUUCCCUUACACUCCAUGUGGUGGCGCUGUCAUGGCCAUGCUUUGUAUGGAACCACCCAGAAGAGCCUACUGGUGAUGAGCUCCCGGGUGACAGUAAAGAGAUCCAGCACGCACAACUGGAGGAUCUAUGGGGAGCUCGGAGAGGCUCCCUGUACUUACCCCUACGAAGAAAUCCACACUCUACUGGGGAAUGCCCAGGGUUUACCCUGUGCCCUGCCUUUCCAGUACAGUGGUAAGUGGUACUGGGACUGCACCUCAGAAGGUAGAGAGGAUCAGCACCUCUGGUGCGCCACCACCAGCAGCUAUGACCAGGACCAGAAGUGGGGAUUCUGCCCGACUGCAGUGCCCGGGUGUGAGCCGUUCUGGGAGAGCAGCGCUGAACUGAAAGCCUGUUAUCAGUUUAACUUGUACUCUCUCCUCACCUGGAGCCAAGCACUCACCUCCUGUCAGUCACAGGGAGCCAGUCUCCUGUCCAUCACGCACGCUGACGAGCACAGCUACAUCAGAGAUAAACUUGCAGAAAUGGGGGUGAUCGUCUGGACUGGACUAAACCAUCUAGCUCACGAUGGGGGGUGGCAGUGGUCAGACGGAUCCCCCCUGGCGCUGCUUCAGUAUACCUCAGACAUGACGUCGCUCGUGGUGCGGCAGAACCAGCUGUGUGGGGUGUUUAACUCCGCUCUGGGCGCAGGGCACUGGCAGAGCUUGUCCUGCGAUUCUGCUUUGCCUUACAUUUGCAAGAAAACCCCCAAUGUUAGCAGGAGAGCCGAGCCUAUUGCUUCUAACGUGCUACUUCCUGAUUCAGAUAACUGGCAGUAUAAGAACACUGUGUGUCCAGACGGCUGGAUCGAUCACAAUGGCUUCUGUUAUCGCUAUGUGGAUGAGAAGGGGAGCUGGGACAACUCCGUUAAUACAUGCAAGGCUCUCGGGGGACAACUGACCAGCAUCCUCUCCCUCUCUGAACAGGAGCUACUGCUCGCGCUCCUUAUUAACGCCUCUGACUCGAAGGUGUGGAUCGGUUUAUAUAUGGAGGCUGGUUCUCCAGCAGUUGAGUGGUCAGAUGGCUCACCUGUCACUCUUACAUCCUGGCAACGGCAGCAGCCUUCUCCUCGCCAUGAAGACAAACGCAUGUGUGUUGCUGCAGACAGGAAGAAUGCUAACUGGGCGUUUGAGGAGUGUGAGAAGAUGCAUCCAGCAGUUUGUCGUACCAAUGGUCUUGUACCCCUACACGCAACAGGAGAAUGGGAUGAAGGCUGCCCAGAGGGGUGGAAGAGGAAGGGAAACUCCUGCUACAAGAUUGCAGAUCAGGAGCAGACUUUCACGGACGCAGCGAAGGGUUAUUAUUGUAAAUCAUCUCUUGUCACUGUCGAGGACAGGUUUGAGCAAGCAUUUCUGAACAGCCUGAUCAGUGCACAGAACGGCUCUGCGUCCCAGUUUUACUGGACCGCUCUCCAGGACCAGAACAAGACUGGAAAUUAUAAUUGGUUGAUGGAGAACGGUUCUACAAUACCUCUCACCUACACCAACUGGAACCGCCACCAGCCCUUAGCGACCGGCGGAGGCUGUGUGGCGAUGACAGGAGGGCAGCGUCUCGGGCACUGGGAGGUGAAGAACUGCAACUCGUAUAAGGCCUUAGCGGUGUGUGAGCAGAGCGUGAGCAGUUACCACGAUGUCCUCCUUCCGAUACCACACAUAGACUUCUUUGCACCCUGUAAGGACGGAUGGGAAAGUCGUCCCAACCUGCAUCACUGCUACAAGGUGUUCCACAACGAGAAGAUCUUGAUGCGUCGCUCAUGGGCCGAAGCAGAGUUUUUCUGCCAGGCUCUCGGCGCAGACCUUGCCAGCUUUCACUAUUACGAGGACCAGGACUUCGUCAGACAGCUCCUGACUAAGAUGUUUGAUAGUACAGAGGGUCGUUGGUUCUGGGUUGGCUUCACUAAAAGAGAUCCACAGUCUGCUGGAGCCUGGGAGUGGUCAGAUGGCACACCGGUAGUGAAAUCAUUCAUAGAGGACAAGAAUGAGGACGUGAGCACUCAUGAUUGUGCGGUGUACAGCGAUCUUACCAACACUCUCACGCCCCGACCCUGCGACGCCAAACAUGAAUGGAUCUGCAAAGUGCCCCGAGGUGUGGAGUUAACAAAGCCUUAUUGGUACAACAAUCAGAAUGAGCCAUGGGUGUUCUACCGUGGAGCCGAGUACUACUUGGCCAGCCAGGCGUUCCCUUGGGAGACCGUGUUGUUCGCCUGUAAGAUGAUGGGAGCAGACUUGUUGUCCUUACACUCCAAAGAGGAAAUGGAAUUUGUCAGAGAACGCAUGAUGAAAGCUACUCAUAGUAUAGCUGAAUGGUGGAUUGGUCUGUCAGCUAACAGCGCACAUGAAGGCUUCAGCUGGACUGAUGGAACAGCCCUAGAUUAUCAGAACUGGAAAAAUGGAAUGCCUUCUCAACGAAUUGGACAAAACUGCAUCUCUAUGUCUCUGGAUGGGGUGUGGUCAACAGGUCGUUGUAAGGAUCUGCACGGUUACGUGUGUAAACGCAGAACCGUAUCGAUAGUGGAGACCCCACGGGAGCCUCACUUUAUCGGCGCCUGCCCGGAAAACUGGUUCUACUUUGGCCACAAGUGUCUGUUGCUGCAUCUUCCAACCCGGCCAAAGGAGGGGAAGAGCUGGAAAGAUGCUCAGUCCAUCUGCUCUAGCUUCCAAGGCAUGCUAGUCACAAUCGAGGAUGAAAUUGAGCAAGCUUACAUCACCAUGCUGCUUCAUGGCCAGUCUGAGGGAGUCUGGAUUGGCUUACAGGAUGCAGACACCAUGAAAUGGACCAAUGGGAAGCCUGUAACCUACACUAACUGGUCACCUGUAGAACCAGAGCACCCUGUCACUGAGGAGUGGUCGAGUGAGGGGACUGAGCCCUUGUGCACUGUUCUGUCCAACACUCACAACUUUCACUUUACGGGAAAGUGGUACAAGGAGAAGUGCACCCAGAGUGACUAUGGCUUUGUAUGUCAAAAACCACAAGACAAAACCAAACGUCCCUCUCACUUGUACCCUGACCCCGCCUCCCUGGAGACCUCCGAGUACAAGAACCGGAGUUACCGUGUUGUCCAUGGCAACCUGAGCUGGUACAAAGCUCUGACUGCUUGUGUGGAGAACAGUGCAGAGCUUGUGAGUAUCACCGAUCCGUUUCAUCAGGCCUACCUCACUGUACUGGUUAACCGACUGGGAGCCCCACACUGGAUCGGACUUCUGAGUCAGGACGACGGUAUAAAUUAUCGUUGGAUUGAUGGCAGUAAUAAUGUAUUCACACACUGGGACACAGUGGACGAUGAUGGGGACAAUUCUUUCGUGUUGGGAAAUUGCGUGUACAUUGACAUCACUGGUGGCUGGAGAAGAGCUGACUGUGACCAACCUCUUCCAGGAGCACUGUGCUACAUACCUCAACCUAAAAGCAUCGCAUUCUCCUCUGAAGUGGUGUGUCCAGAAACGUGGGUGAAGUUUCGCAGAAGCUGCUACAGUUUUGAGCCCGUUGUCUUAAGAAUGCCACUAGAGGAAGCCAGAAAGCACUGCAGGAAAAUAGGCAAUACUUCUGACGUUUUGACGAUCCGAGACGAGGAGGAGAACCGCUUCUUCCUGGAGCAGAUGAAGAACUUUUAUGAUGGCUUCAAGACUGUCUGGCUGGGCAUUUAUUAUAACAUGGACAAGGACGCUUUAACCUGGCUGGACGGCUCUGCACUGGACUACACAAACUGGCGCCUGAAAGCUCCGGAUGCGAGCGUGAUGCACGCAGACACGUGUGUGUCGAUGCGGGUGUCCGAUUCCGAUUGGCUCCUGGCCAGCUGCACAAACAGGCUUGGUUUCAUAUGCAAAACUCAUUCAGAGUCAGUCCAAGAAGUAGAGGUGCAGCCACUAACUGGUUUGCAUCAUGGCGUCGUUCCAGCUGCAGUCUUAGUGGCCAUAUUGUUCUUCGCGCUGAUUGCUGGACUGCUUUGGUUUGUGUACAAGAGAAACACGCUGGGCUUCCGGAGGCUUCCAUCACUCGGCAGUGCCUUCUACAGCUCUCACACCACAGACACAGAAGGGAACGUACUCCUGACGGAUCUAGAGACACACGCAGGGGAUUAGUACGUGAGAACUUUAGGUGGGGUGGGACAUUCUGGGACAUUUUUUUUUAUAUAUAUAUAUAUGUAUAUCCACGAGGACAGGAACAAAAGGUCAAAGGGUUUCUUUUUGUGAAGGUUAGAUUUAGGUAUAGCAAAGGAAUAAUUAGCUGCAAUAAUAAUUAUGUCCUCAUAUGGAUAGUAAGACAAACGUGUGUGUGUGUUAGAGAAAGAGAGCUAGCGAGAAAGACUUCCAUCAGGGAUCCCGUGGUCAGAAUCUUGUAUCUAAACAGCAUCUCUUUGCUGCGAUCAGCAGCAGCACUAUGUUGCGAUGCUUUUUAAACAGUAACAUGGAAAAUAGGGAAUAAGGAAGGGUUAAAUCCUGAGUUAAACAGUAAUACUUUCUUGUUUUCGCAGUAUCAGGGAGACUUUGCGAACACGACUCUCGACUGUUAAUCUAAAACAGCGAACCGUGAAACUUUCAGCCGGUGAAUGUUAUUUAUGCAACCUAUUUCACCCAUGUUCACAUGAACCUGCAAGCCUCGUUCAGCAGGAAGUUGAUUCUAGCCUGGAUCAGAACAGUAAACAACGAAUCGUUCAGGAAUAACGGUCUUUAAUAGCUUUAAAAUGAGCUGCAGCACACCGAAGCAGACUUGUUUCUUUUGGCCUUUGGUUAUCAGUAUUCGAACACGGUUUUUGUUCUGUUGAAUCACGAAUCCUGUUUUACGGGAGCAGAUUAGAGUAGAACUGCAUGUUUGUUCUUCGGCAAGCACUUUAUCUCAUUUCAGCGUCUCCCCAUGCUCUGUCUCGGCAUAAUUAGUGGAAUAAAGGCUGCUGCGAAUUUCCCAAUCCAGUGUUAAUCCCGACACUUUAAACGCCGAUGAACUCCAAAUCACAAAACGACCCGUACAAUAAAGAGUCAGGCAGGAUGCCGACUGCAGAUAAGGCUCCCACAUACCCCUUUUCCACCAAAUCAGUUCCAGGGCUGGUUCGGGGCCGGUGCUGGUUCACAACUCGUUCAACUUGCGAGCCAGCUGAGAACCAGUUUGCUUUUCCAUAGCUCGCGGUGCUAAGGGGAGCCACGUCAUUACGUCGCUGUAUACGUCAGUUACGUCGCUGCGUUUGCAUAAACCUUGGUGCGAACAUCAAAGCAACAACAACACAGAGAAGAAGAAGCAACAACAACAAUAAUGGAUGGCUGCUGCUUUACUGCAUCCAUGAUAUCUCGUCGCUUAUUUAAAAAUGGCGACCUUUCACGGUCUUGCUAUUGUUGUUGGUCUUAACAACUCCGCCCCCCCCCCACUGACGUAAGCGGUUCUUUCCUCUGGCCCAGCAGAGAGUUGGUGCUAGCCUGGAACCGGUUUUUCUGGCCCCAGAGCCAGUUCUUUGUCAGUGGAAACAGAAAACCCGGUUCCAAACUAAGCACUGGCCCCGAACCAGCCCUGGAACUGCUUUGGUGGAAAAGGGGCAACAGAGGACCUGUGUUUUCUUCACUGUAAUCUUUGGUCCGAUUUUGCCAUCCGAUUGUUGAUAUUUUGGAUAUUGUAAGUAAAUUGUAAAAGGUCAGCUGUGCUGAGCCGGAUUUAAAUUGUAUCUUUAAACGGAAAGAGCGGCUGAAUGAUGCCUGGUGUUCGUGUAGUCAGUUUUGUUAUCCGGUCAGCAUCUUGGGUUCUGUGUCCGAUAAAGGUCACUGUGUAAAAAGAUAUUCAGUUGCAGACAUGAAUGUCAUGGUAGGGUCGGGCUUUCAGUGGUUUCUUUGAACUGUUCUUUUCUGGCAAAGAAUGAUUGUACAAUCUUGAAAAAAGAAAAAGAAUUUGGUGCGCACAUUUUUCCAGAAAUCAACGCAGGGUCAAAAUUAUGCACACAGCACAUCUAGUAUUUGGCUAAAUAUGGAUCUUUGACUUCUUGGCAAAUUGAGUAGAGUUCAGUUCAAUUUGUGUGUUUCCUGGCACUGACCUGGUUUUCCAACACAGUGCGCAUAUUUUCACUCGGGACUUAAUGUUAUCCUGCUUUAUCCAUUCCACAACCAGCUUUGAUUUGUUCGGAGUAACCGUCAUGUUGGAACACCAAACAUGUUCAACUGUCUAGCUGAUGGUUUGAGGUCACGCUAAAGAAUUCCUCAUUAUUCCAGCCACUUUGUGUAACCGUGCUUAAUGGUUGCUUAACAGUUGGCACCGUGUUCUUGGGGUUAAAUGCCUCACCUUGACUCCUUCAAACAUAACUCUGGUCAUUGUGACCAAACAACUCAAACAUUGUCUCGUCUGACUAUGCAGCUUUCCUCCAGAAGGCUUUUACUUUGUCCGUAUGCUCAGCUGCAAACUUUAGUUGAUCUUGAAGAUGUCGAUUUUAGAGCAGGGGUUUCUUUCCCAGACAGCAGCGUACACUGCAAAAAAUAAAAAUCUUAGGAAGUUUAUUUGUCUAUUUUCAAGUCAAAACAUCUAGCCACCCUUAUUAUAAGACAUAAUUGCCCAACAAGCAAAACCUCAUUUAGCUAGAAGGGCUAGUUUUUAGACAGUCCAUCUUGAAAAUCUUGUAUAGCCAAAAUGUCUUGAAAAAGUCUUAUUUGGAGCACCUUUGAAAAUAAAACAAGUUUUUUUUAAAAACAAGUAAGUACAUUUUGGACAUUUGUCAAAUGCGGUUCAUCUUGUUUCAAGAAAAAAAAACAAAGUACUGUAUGCUUGUUUUGGGAAUAAAUGAACUUUACUGAAAUCUUUGAAGCUAGUGCCCCCAAAAUGCAUUGUCGUGGCUCAGGUGGAUAAGGCGCCACACCAUAAAUCCAGGGACCCGGGUUUGAGUCUGACCUGAGGUCAUUUCCCAAUCUCUCCCCCGCUCAUUUCCUGUCUCUACACUGUCCUAUCCAAUAAAGGUGGAAAAGGCCCCAAAAAAAUGACUUGAAUGGCUAAAUGUAAGAAGUACGAUCUUGUUAUAAGAACUAUUUUGAGUUAAUCAGAUCUCGCAUAAUAAGUUCCCCAAUCUUAUUUUGGAAUUAUUUCAUCUAAAAACAGGUUAGAUUUUUCAUCUUACUUUAAGAAAUCUUACCAAGUCAAAUUUGACUAGUUCCACUGGCAGAUUUUUUUUCACCUGAUUCAAGCAAAUAUGCUUUGUUUUAAUCUUUUAUUUCUUAUUUUUGAAAGGCCAUUUUUUGCAGUGUAUAAAACUCGCUUGAGUGUAUAAAGUGUUCCAGCAGGUUACAGUUUAUGACAGGGCUGUGACUUGGUGGUUCCUUGGUUGUUCCUGACCAGCUGAACCAAUUUCCUCUCAGCAGAGGGUGACAGUUUGGGUCUUCUUCCAGACCUUGAUAAAGUGGCUCCAACUCCCAAUAACUCGUACUUUUCAAACAAAACUUUUUUAAUGUUGGCCCAGAGAAGCUACAUCUGUAGUCAAUCAUGAUCAUGAAGAUAAGAGGCCUUGGCAAGUUAAAGAUCUACAGUAUGUUGCACAAUCAUUCUUCCCCAGAAAAAAAAAAAAAAACAGUUCAAAGAAAUCAUUGAUAGCCUAAUACUGCCAUGACUUCCACAUCCAUGAUAAGUGUAUGUACACUUCUGACCGCAAUGGUAUAUAACACUAAUUAGUAUAUUUUGUGGUCUUCUCCAGAAGCCAGCCUUGGUAUAGAUCCCAAGAUGGCAGUGCUUCCACUUUGUAUAUGCACUGUGCGCAUGGAAAUGUUAACAGGAUUGAUAUUACUUUUCUUCUUGAUGUGAUGUCAUGUCAUGUGAUUCUCAUGUGAUACACUAGCUGUACAGUACUGAAUCACAGUUUACAGUUUUACUGCCAUCUUUGUUUGAUUUGUAAUGAAGUGUUGUUGUUGUUUUUUUAACAGUUUUGAACAGCUGUACAAAGCUGCCACAAAGGCCCUUCAAUCUUAUUUGUAAUGUGCUUUUAUUUGUUGAAUCACUUGUGUGAAAUAGGAAGCUUGGGAAGCUUGUACAUUCAGUUUUUUACUUGUGAGAUCCAACACAUAGACAGUGACCAUAAAUAUGACCAUUUAUUUUCUUACUAUGCACAGUUCUGAUUCAGAGUCAGCUGAAAUAAAGGAAAUGUGCUCAAAGUUC